UCUUUCUCAUAUUUUGUAAUGCACUUUCAAUAAUUUCUUAUUUUUUUGAUGUGAAAACAAAGGGAAAACUUGAACAUAUGGUCGUAUGUUUGUGGAAGUCGAGUUAUUUUGACGAGGUAGACUUGUUUAUACUUCUCGGAAGGUUACUAUGAACUGUCAGACUGAUUUAUACAUUUGGGUUUUGGGGAUUUUAAAGUCUGGCUAUAAAAUUAGCUCUUUAGAGUACAUCUGUACAUGUUAAUGAUCUUAGCAUGAAAAUAUAUAAAUUUACGUUUAUGUUUAGCUCAGAAUUUUGUAGAUCAUUUCAAGAAAUUUAAAUUUGAAUUUUUAGUGGCUUUAGCGGGUGUCACUGAUGGCUAAUGAAGUUGCGAUGGAAUCUUUCUACAUUCUAGUUGGUUAUAUUGACAUAGGAACAAAUGCUUAGACAUUCAUAUGGGGGGUACAUUUCAUUCCUCGAUUGAUCAAGUUAGUGAGUACACAAAAACAGGGUCUACUUCCUUAGUUGUUAGGGUUCAGGAAUCAGGUUAUACUUUGUACUAACAGAUUUAAUGAUAAGGUGCAAGUCUUAAUUGUAAUUGGUCUAGAAAUAAAUACAUAUACUCAUUUUACCUUGACAUUCUUGCUUAGUGCAUAGCAUGAUUGUGAAGAUGUAAUAAUGACAGGUUUACAUUAACUUGCCCAAUAGUUUGCUUGUUUCAUUCUUUUACAAAGUUGCAUAUUGGUAUUUGUUGAACAUAUCUCAUGUUUCUUAUUCUCCAUGAUGUUGUAUUGUUCAAUAACUACAUAGCCAAUUAUUUGGAUAUGGGAGUGGAGUUUGUAUGAAUCUGCAAAUUUAUAUUUUUGUCGAGGCUGAAUGGUUGAUACAGGCAAGUGACAACAGUGGCAAAUUUCUCCAAUGUGGUGUGGUGUCUGUGACAUGCUAAUUGACAGGUUCCUAUGGGUCUACUCUACAUUACAAGAGUGUGGAAUGGAUGAAGCCUGUUGGGAAACUUUCUCUUCUUGGUUCAAAUGGAGAAAUAAGUGAUUUCCAGGAGAUUUCGCGUUACCUUGAUGAGCUAAUGUAAGUGCUGAAUGUAGAGAAAAUGAAGGAAUAUACUUUAGAAUUUUCUUUUCUGUGAUCUGUUUUCUCUUUGUAAAGAAAGUCAAAGGUUAAAAAUGAGGAGGGGUUACGAGGAUUUAUGCUUGUUGAAGCUCUUGAAGCGUCUUUGGCUGUUGAUCGUCUGUGUCUGAGUUUUGCUACCUAUAUGACAAUAUGUGGGAUGAUGGGAACUCUCUUGGGCCAAAAGAGGUGCACAACUAUUUGACUCACAUUAUGUAUAACAGACGCAACAAAUUUAAUCCAUCUUGGUGGAGUGAAAAAAGGACAGAAGUAUUUUGGGUUGUAAUUUUAUCCGGUGCUUGCUGAAGAGCAAUGUCUGGUCGAGCUAUUUUCAGUACCCUACAAUAUGAAAAGCAGGCAAUAUGCAGUAUAAAGGUAUGAUACGUGACUUUCUGAUUGUGAAUCUAUAGGUGUGCAUUUUGAGGACAAUCACGUGGCAACUGGGUUUGGGAAUCAUCUUGCACGGCCAAUUCUUCGUGAUUCGUGGCGUGAGGACUUGAGUUUUGAAGAUGGUGUGAAGCUGUUGGAGAAAUGCAUGCGUGUGCUACUGUAUUGUGAUAGAUCUGCUGUCAACAAGUUGCAGAUAUCAAAGCUUAUUGAAGGAGGAGUAACAAUUUUUCCACCCUAUUCAUUGAAGACAUUCUGGGAAUAUACAGCCUUCCAGAAUCCGAUGGUGGGUGCGGAAGGAUCAUGGUGAAUCCCAAGAUUGCAACUGCAGUUUUUAUGCGAGAGAGGAAUACAAGAAGUAUUAGAGUAUCAUGUAAAGCCAACUUCUAUGAAGUUCUUUCUCUUGGUUCAAAGAAUGGAAAUGUAGGGUUUGAUGAGAUAAAGAAGGCUUACAGAAGCAUGGCUCUGCAAUACCAUCCUGAUGUCUGUCCUCCAUCUACCAGGGAAGAGUCCACCAGACGAUUUGUCGAGCUUCGAGAGGCGUAUGAGACUCUGUCGAAUCCAGUUUCGCGCAAAUUACACGAUUAUGAGCUGGGUUUAGCAGAUUCACUGGGAUUUGGUGGACAAAGCUUGGAGAAAAGAAGAUCCAGGUUCCCUAAGCAAGUAUGGGAAAACCAACUGUACCGGCUGAAACAAAGAUCUCAAAUCCGAAUGCAAAAGAAGGCAAUUUAAUUCACUACUUGAAAGGAACAUAUAUAUAGUUGUUAGUUGUUACUGAUUGUUUGAUUUGUUGGUGUUGAAUACUAUCAUGUCAGGACCUUCUUGAUUAUCCAUCAAUAGAAAAUUAAUCCAACCCCAAGAACAAAUUA